AUGGCAGAAGAAAGCUUUAUUCAAGCUCUCGCACAGGAGUUUCCCAUAACUUUUCCAAUGAAAACCAUCAAAUCUUCCUCUCUCAAUCUAGAAGAUGGCCCCGAUCAGAAAGAAGCAUAUCCCCCCAACUCUAUCCAUGAGUCGCCCUGUGAGAAUAAAGGGAAAAAGCGCCGUCGCGGUCGUCAUGAGCCGGAGCCUGAAUGGUCAGAGAUGGUCAGAGAAGAGCAGGUCAAAAGGCAGAGAAUCACAAACCGGUCCAGACAUGCUUGUGAUAGAUGUAGGAUGAAGAAAUCCCGCUGCGAGAUUAAUCCCAAUGAAAGUUCCUGUAUAGGAUGUUGGGAAGCAAAAAUACCUUGUUUUGUCACUGAUCGUGUUCUCAACGUGACAUCCGUUCGUGGCGAGCCCGCCAUUUUGAAAUCCCAAGUCGACGACCUCGAACAGAAAUUGAAGGAGGUUUAUCGGGAACUCAGUCAGAAGAUUCAAGCGUACGAAAAGGAGAUAUCGAAUCGCGAUGAUCGAAUAGACUUUUUGACGAAAACAAAUGAACAGUACCAGAACGAGUUACUCCAACACAAUAGAGAUAGGGCGUCUUAUCCUGAUACUCACCAUGAUGGAUUCACUCAGACCACUCCCUUCGGCAAUCCGAGCAUGGGGGGAAUGAACAUAGUAUCUGACCCAUCAAUGCUUUAUGAUCAUGCUUUCUUGGCCUAA